UGAAGUCAGCUGUUGAAUGUUUUCUGCACGAAUCUAUAGAUAUAAUAAGGUUCGAGCGACGACUAAAGAUAGAAUUUUCCAAAAAUGUUGAUAAACUCGCGAGUGUGAUUUACUGAAAUCGUGGAAAAUACGUUACGGCCACAAUCCAAGGAGGAAAUACAGUAGCAGCAAAAUCGUAAAAAUAUACGUGUUUAUAACGCCACUUUGGGAACAGAAAAAUUUGCGCGUAGGUUAUAACGGGUGGACGCAAUUAUUAAUCGAUGAUUCAUUUUAAUCUACAAUGUAAUUAAUAUAUAUUUAACGACCAACAAUAACAAUAAUAAGGUAAAAUAAUUCCAUGAACUAAAAAAAAUAGAGAUGAAUCAGAAAAACGCAAAUUUGCGUCGGUACGUAAUUUCAGCGUGGAUCGAAGAUUAUUUGGUAACCUACUUUCGUAUUAGACGAACGGAAAUUUGAGAAAUUAUUACAGGAAACUGUGACAUAAAUUAAAACAAUAUUACAAAAAAAGUAAACAAAGGAUUUUAAAAAAGGCAUCUAGUAAAAUAAAAAUCGACUAGCAAAUCAAAACAUACAUUCUAACUGAAUUCGAGAUAACUCAUUGUAGUAAAGAAAAACCCGUUUUUCUUCGAUUUUCGGAUUCAAAGAUAAGGAAAUAAUAAAAACAGGAAACAAUGGGUCAAACUUUGAGCGAGCCAGUAACCGCAAAAACGUCGGCUUGUUGUCGAGACUCGAACUAUCGGGUCGGGAGUUCGUGCAUGCAAGGAUGGCGAAUUAAAAUGGAAGAUUGUCACGUGCAUAUUUUAUCAUUGCCUGAUGACCCGGGUAGCGCAUUUUUCGCUGUUUACGAUGGUCACGGAGGCGCAGCCAUGUCACAACAUGCCGGAAAACAUCUUCAUGAGUUCAUCACAAAAACAAAUGAAUACAAGGAAGGGAAAAUAGUUGAGGCGAUGCAACAAGGAUUUUUGGAAAUGGACCGUGCAAUGCAAGCCGAUGCUACUCUCAUGGCCGAACCGGCAGGCACUACCGUCAUUGCGAUUCUCGUCAAAGACAACAUUCUCUACUGCGCAAACGCGGGUGAUAGCCGAGCAGUGGCGUGUGUAAAUCGCGAAGUAGUGCCAUUGAGUCGUGACCAUAAGCCAAUUUUAGACGACGAGCGUCGUCGAAUUGAAGCCGCAGGCGGUUGGGUUCAAUUCAAUCGUGUCAACGGACAUUUGGCUUUGUCCCGUGCACUCGGUGACUUCAGGUUCAAGAGGAACAAGUCUAAAUCGCUGGAGGAACAAAUAGUAACCGCUUUCCCAGAAGUACAAAAAUUCCCGAUAACCGAAGACUGGGAAUUUGUGAUCUUGGCAUGUGACGGUAUCUGGGACGUGUUAAGCAGCGACGAGGUGGUAAGAUUCGUAAGAGAACAUUUGGCGAAUGCAAUAAAGCGUAGUCCGGACAACGAGGUGACGUAUACAGAUCCGGAGGAAAUUUGUGAAGAAUUGAUCGAUCGGUGUCUCGCACCUGAUGUUUUGAUGGGUACCGGUUGCGACAAUAUGACGGUCGUUCUCGUCUGUUUUUUGCACGGUAAACCUUACACCGAAUUGAUUACGCGUUGUCAAAUACCAAUGCCACCGGCUGAACCAUUUUUGACGCGCGAUGACGAAGCUAAAACUCCCGAUAUUGCGGAAAACCCUUAUCUCGAUGCACAACCGUUCGAUGAUUCAGAAAACGAUGAAGAUGAAAAUGAAGGGGAAGAAAACGAAGAGGAAGAAAACGAAGAUAAUGAGAAAUGGUGAUAUGUUUGCCCGUCCGUAUCGGUCCUGUAUCGAAGACACCGCCGCGUUGGCCAACGAACUCAACCUUCCAGCCACUUUCGUCACACCCUGGCGCACACUCUCCUUUACGUCUUCAAGGUCGACCGUGUUACCGCCUCUCGAACUGAUGCU